AUGGUCGCAAUCACUGUUCCUGACAACUACGGCUCUGUCAUUGCCAUCGCCCUGGGUGCAAUUCCUGUCCUGGGAUUUGUCCACGGCAUUGUCACCGGAAAGACCAGAAAGGCCGCCAAUGUUCCUUACCCGCACAGUUAUGCCACCAUUGAGCAAUGCAAAUCGAACCCCAAAGCCGAACAAUUCAACUGCGCGCAACGUGCCCACACCAACUUUCUUGAAAAUGCCCCCCAGACCAUGCUUUUCACUCUGGUCGCAGGACUGAAAUACCCUCAGUCGGCGACAGCAAUUGGAGCUUUAUGGUUGACCUUCCGCACUCUCUUCCUGUAUGGCUACGUGUACUCGGGCAAGCCCCAGGGUAAGGGAAGAAUGAUUGGCGCAUUCUUCUGGUUGGCGCAGGGCGCUCUUUGGGGAUUGACUGUGUUUGGAGUUGCAAAGGACUUGAUUUCCUACUAA